AUGCAAAUCUUUGUUAAGACUUUGACUGGUAAGACCAUCACUUUGGAGGUCGAGUCCAGCGACACCAUUGACAAUGUCAAGUCCAAGAUCCAGGACAAGGAAGGUAUCCCACCUGACCAACAGAGAUUGAUCUUUGCUGGUAAGCAAUUGGAAGACGGCAGAACUUUGUCCGACUACAACAUCCAAAAGGAGUCCACUUUGCACUUGGUUCUAAGACUAAGAGGUGGUGGUAAGAAGAGAAAGAAGAAGGUCUACACCACCCCAAAGAAGAUCAAGCACAAGCACAAGAAGGUUAAGUUGGCUGUCUUGUCCUACUACAAGGUCGACGGUGAAGGUACCGUCACCAAGUUGAGAAAGGAGUGUUCCAACCCAACCUGUGGUGCCGGUGUCUUCUUGGCCGACCACAAGACCAGAUUGUACUGUGGUAAGUGUCACUCCGUCUACAAGGUCGACGCUUAA